ACUUCACUGUGGAAGUACUUAGACCAAAGACUAACAUUUCAUAGUUGUUUGAUAGAGAUUUCUGGCACUUACAUAAAGACGGCAGCUUACUCUGACUACACUUAACUAAACGUUGCAUUCCGAAUUUGUUGUUGUAUUUUAGUUUCUGAUAAACCGAGAGGCAACAUUACGAGUUAAGGAUGUAUACGACCGGACUCAACCCGUUUUACGCAUCAAAUUUUAGUCUUUGGUCUGCUUAUUGCGCUGGUGGUUUCGCUAUGGAUACAAUGAAGAAGCCCUCCUUUUGCAUUGCUGACAUUUUGCAGGUCGGGGAUGCUGAGAACAUCCCGGGAUCCUCGGCCCUCAUGGCUCAUAUGGGACACCGUUCUCAGGUUCACGCCUCUGGAUCGCCAUUGCGUCCUUCACCGGUGGGGCCAGAGCAGUCGAUCUACGGUGGGAGAGUGAACCCCGGGUCUCCAUAUCACAGACACGGAAUACACUUAACUUCGAUAUCUAGAACGAGUCUCAGCUCCCAACAAGCUCCCCCACCUUCAAGCAAGGACCUCAAGUUCGGAAUCGAUCGGAUAUUGUCAACAGACUUCGACCCCAAAACAAAAGACAUAUCGUCUUUAAGAGAUCUCACGUCCAUUGUUAGCUCGAACCGUCAGUCAGGGAUCCAGCCAGCGAGCCAGUACUUCGCAUCCAUAGACCCGGGGAUGAGCGACGCUUCCUCCAUGAUGAGCUCACUAAACAGCGCCAGGCAAUCAGGGCAGCAUCAGUUUCAGGACACCUUUCCAGGUCCAUAUGCUGUCCUUACUAAAGACACGAUGCCACAGACGUACAAAAGGAAGAGGUCCUGGUCGCGCGCCGUCUUCUCCAACCUGCAAAGAAAAGGGCUUGAGAAACGAUUCGAAAUACAGAAAUACGUCACCAAACCCGACAGAAAACAACUGGCUGCAAUGCUUGGCCUAACAGACGCACAGGUCAAAGUGUGGUUCCAGAACAGGCGCAUGAAGUGGAGGCAUUCGAAAGAAGCCCAGGCACAGAAGGAUAAGGAGAAGGAGACACCGGACAAGUCACUGACAGAGGCCGAACCCAAGGAGCCGGAAGAGUCCGAGUGUGAGAGCGAAGCAAGCGAGUCCGAUUUCGAGGACGGACAGGAGGACAAGAGUGACAUGGACAUUUCUGAGCACAACAAGACUAGAGUGAUAAUGACCGGGGCCAUCCCUGUGAGUACCGAGGAGGCGAACUCAGUCGGUGCCCUUACAGAAACUGUGCCAUCAUCGCAAAUGUUGAUAUGAGUGCACAGUCAAAUGUUAUUUUUUAAAUGUAAAAUUUAUAAUUUAAUAUAAAUAUUCUUUUGAUAAAUGGAUAUACAGAGCGGAGUUGUCCUAAAGUGGAGGGCCAGUAGGAGACUGUACAGCGUGUAUGGGAUAUUAUGACUCCCUCCAUCUUUCAGCUCUGUCAGUCAGUAUUAGGCGAUGUGCAUGACUUUUUCCUCAACUGAAGGAAAUAUUGUGUUGUGAAUUUUAAUCUGAACCACUUAUUACGCGUCCUGAAAUCCCAAAACAUGACACAAUGUUACAUGUAAUUUACUGUGGAAGCGUUGAUAAAUAUUGUUGUAUUAUAUGUUUGUCAAUAAUUAUUUGCACUGAAAAUAUUGUAAAUAAAAAGUUUCUUACUUUUGA